GUGUCGCUUUCGUUGCAAAGAGAAUCGAAGAAAAAAUGGCUCGUUUAACGGUCUUUUUUGGUUUAAUGUUAAUUUUAAGUUGCGGGACAAUUAGUUCCUCUGCUCCUACUCCAUUUUCCUUGGAAGAUAAAUUGCAAGAAUUAGAAGUGAGACUUGUAGAAAAGGUGACACAACUGGAGGCGCAACUCGAACUAAAUAAUGAACUAAGACAAGAUUUGGCAUUGAAAGUAAUUCAACUAGAGGCCAGAAAUGUUCAACUGGAAGUCAAAAUUGAAAAACUGGAGGCCAAAGUUGAACAACAAGAUUCGCUUUUAACUUCUUUUUUACGAGAGAAAAAUGAAAGCACAGCAGCGGCAACCGAUUAUGUCCCAAUUAGCGAUAAUCAAUCGGCUGUGGCCAUCAACGGACUGCCGUCUUCAUGCGCGGAUCUCAAAAUGAUCGGCCACACCCUGAACGGAUUUUAUUUCGUCAUGGGACCGGCGAUGAUGGAAUCCGUUUACUGCGAUUUCACUAAACUUCCUAGCGAUGCAGGUUUCCAGAAAUGGAUCGGAUUCGCCGACGUCAAAUCGACUCCCGUCCAUUUCUACGUCACGAGAGAUACUUCGUUUACAACAGAAUUCACUCCGAUUCCGUUCGAUUUGGCGCGGGUAAACGAGGGAAACGCCAUGAAUUUGACGUCGGGGAUAUUCACGGCACCAGCACCGGGAAUUUAUUUUUUCUCUUUCGCAGGAGUGGCGGAACUUCGUUCUUCAUCUGCUGUUUUCUUUGAUUUUUUGCUUUAUUUGAACGGGAAACGAAUCGGGGCGAGUUAUGUUGACGAGGAAAACGGCCCCGUUUAUCAGUUCAGUCCGUUGACCCUCCAGUCGACGCUGAACUUGAAAAAAGGCGAUCAACUUUGGGUGCAGAUUGAUUAUUCUCCUGGUUCAUCCUCGUCUUUGUAUGACAACAGCAUUUUCCACCAGACCCAUUUCACGGGUUUCAUGUUGGAGGAGGAAAUUGUGUCGUCCCUUUGAAUUUCAACGUUAUCGGCGACACGAACAUUUUGUUUAACGUCGACACGCAAUUUUGGGGAAGGAGGGAAUUUUAAGGGGGGGGGGGAGAAAAUUCGUUCGACUCUAAUUCAUUUAGGAAUAAGAAUUUCUUUACCAAAAUUAAACUGUAGAUGUAAUUACACUUACUGAAUACACAAAACGAAUUUCAA